AUGCCUCGAAAGGCGAUCGACUCGCGCAUUCCCGCGCUUAUUCGCAAUGGCAUUCAAGAGAAGAAGCGCAGUUUCAUCGUCGUGGUCGGCGACCGCGCCAAAGAUGUCAUUGUCCACCUCCACUACAUUAUGGCGAGUGUGGACGUCAAGCAGAACAAGUCGGUGUUGUGGGCAUACAAGAAAGACCUACUGGGCUUCACAAGUCAUAGGAAAAAGCGUGAAGCAAAGAUCAAGAAAGAAGUUAAAAGAGGUAUUCGAGACCCCAAUACUGAGGACCCGUUCGAAGUCUUCGUGACUCUCAACAACAUCCGCUACGUUUACUACAAGGAGACGGAGAAGAUCCUGGGAAACACCUAUGGUAUGUGUAUUCUACAGGACUUCGAAGCCCUGACGCCGAACCUGCUCGCGCGGACCGUCGAGACAGUGGAAGGAGGUGGACUGGUGUUGCUCUUGUUGAAGGGCAUGAAGAGUUUGAAGCAACUUUAUACAAUGUCCAUGGACGUGCACUCUCGAUACCGGACAGAAGCCCACGACGACGUGGUGGCCAGAUUCAACGAGCGGUUUAUCCUGUCACUCGGGAGUUGCGAGUCGUGCCUGGUGGUCGACGAUGAGCUAAAUGUCUUACCCAUAUCAGGCGGCAAAAAUGUCCAGCCUCUCCCUCCGGCAGUGUCUGAAAGUGAAGAUGCGCAGCCACGGAAAAAGGAGCUCAAAGAAAUCAAGGAGGGUCUCGCAGACACGAAGCCCGUCGGCAACCUAAUACAGUUGGCUCGGACGGUAGACCAAGCGAAGGCUCUCCUCACAUUUGUUGAUGCCAUCUCAGAAAAGACGCUACGGAGCACAGUCACGUUGACUGCGGCCCGAGGACGUGGAAAGUCUGCCGCGUUGGGCGUGGCUGUCGCUGCGGCCAUUGCCCAUGGCUACAGUAAUAUCUUUGUGACGUCUCCGAGUCCUGAGAACCUCAAGACAUUCUUUGAUUUCGUCAUCAAGGGCUUUGACGCUCUCGAGUACAUGGACCACACUGACUACACUCUACUGCAAUCCACAAAUCCCGAAUACAAUAAAGCCAUUGUACGGAUAAACGUGCAUCGGCAACACCGGCAAACUAUCCAAUACAUUCAACCUCAGGACGCCCACGUACUUGGUCAAGCAGAGCUUGUCGUCAUCGAUGAGGCGGCUGCUAUUCCUUUACCACUAGUCAGGAAGCUAAUGGGGCCGUACCUCGUCUUUAUGGCAUCCACAAUCAAUGGUUACGAGGGCACAGGCCGUUCUCUGUCACUGAAGCUCAUCCAACAACUCCGCGAACAAUCCCGCGGCGGAGCAAGGUUGAAUGGCGACGACACGGAGAUCGCAGAUAAAUCGACUGGAAAGACCUCCAAAGAAGAAAAAGUCUACACUGGAGGGCGUUCAUUACGCGAGAUAACCUUGUCCGAACCCAUUCGAUAUGCGCCAGGCGAUGGCGUCGAGAAGUGGCUCAAUCGCGUGCUAUGUCUGGACGCCACUUUGCCCAAGGCAAAGAUGAAUACCCAGGGCACACCACAUCCGUCGACGUGCGAACUAGUACAUGUCAAUCGCGACACACUGUUCUCUUUCCACCCAGUUUCCGAAAAGUUCCUCCAGCAAAUGAUGGCUCUAUACGUGGCGUCCCACUACAAAAAUUCCCCAAACGACUUGCAAUUAAUGUCUGAUGCUCCAGCUCAUCAACUCUUUGUCCUCAUUCCACCAAUCAAAGAAGACGCAACAGCGCUACCAGAACCGCUCUGCGUCAUUCAGGUCGCUCUGGAAGGCCGCAUCAGCCGGCAAUCGGUGCUCAACAGCUUGUCGCGAGGUCAACGAGCCGGUGGUGACCUAAUUCCAUGGCUGGUCAGUCAACAGUUCCAAGACUCAGAGUUUGCCAGCUUGUCAGGUAGCAGAGUCGUUCGCAUAGCAACAAACCCGGAAUAUCUGAAUAUGGGAUAUGGCUCUCGGGCUCUCCAACUGCUCACGGAUUUCUACGAGGGUAAGUUUACCUCUCUCGCCGAACCAUCUGCGACCAUCGAGAACAUCGAGCACAUGCCCCGCGUAUCAGACGCGGAGCUCGAGGAUUCUAAUCUUCUUGACGACAACGUUCACGUUCGCAACAUCAAUAGCAUGCCACCUCUCUUCAGCAAGCUCUCUGAACGGACACCAGACCAACUGGACUACCUCGGCGUUUCCUUCGGACUGACGCAAGCGCUACACAAGUUCUGGAAACGUGCCACUUUCGCCCCUCUCUAUCUCCGACAGACGGCCAACGACCUGACAGGUGAGCACACUUGCGUGAUGCUUCGGCCUCUCUCAAGCACUACCACAACCGACUCGUCCUGGCUGUCGGCAUACGCCUUGGACUUCCACAAGCGCUUCCUCACCUUACUCUCCUACCAGUUCCGCACCUUCGCCUCCGUGCAGGCACUCUCAAUAUCGGAAUCGGCACUCGCACCCUCAAAAUCCAGCUCCAGCAUCUCAUCUAGCCCCCUCACCCCAGCCGAGCUAGCAGCGACUUUCUCGCCCUUCGACCUCGCCCGCCUCGACUCCUACGCCAACAACAUGCUCGACUACCACGUCAUCCUCGACCUCCUCCCUCCUAUCGCGUCCCUGUUCUUCACCUCCCGCCUACCAAUGGUCGCCCUGUCAGGCGUCCAGCAAUCCAUCUUGCUCUCCGUGGGUCUGCAGCGUAAAGACCUGAACGACGUGGAGAAGGAGCUCGGCGUGCAAUCCAGCCAGCUGCUCGCGAUCUUCGUGAAGGUGAUGCGCAAAAUCAGCGUGGCCUUUUCUGCCCUGCAGAAGGAGGGUGUCAGCGAGGGACUGCCCGGCAAGGCAACGGAUCUGCUACGUGGAGAUGCGAAUGGCGGGGACGCAGCAAACGUCGAUGUGGCCGCCCACCGCGUGUCCGAGAAGGUAGUGCCAGGCGCCGACGCCGACGAGGACGAAGCCACCACAUCCCUGCGAGCACAACAACGCGCCCUAAUCGACGCUCUACCACUCGACAAAUACGACCUGAACGGCUCCGGUGGCAAGGCAGCCGAUGUGGAAGACGACGAGGCCUGGGCGGCCGCAGAGCGAUCUGCUUCUGCUUCGACCAAGGAGAAUGGCCUGAAGCGCAAGCGGGACAAGAAGGACAAGGACGGCGGGGUCGGUAGUAAGGAGCACCGAAAAGAGCAUCGGCGACAUGGGGAGAAGAAGGCGAAGAAGCAGAAAGGAUAG